AUGAUAUGGAUUGUGCAAGUAAAUGCAAAGAAUGGCACUGUCACCGAUGAUGUGGUAAGAAAGCAAGCAGAAAUAUUUGAGCAGCAGAUGAAUAUAAGCAAUUUUAGUUACAGCAAUGGGUGGCUGCAUUGGUUUAAACAGGGUCUUGGCUUAUCACAGCAAAAGAAACAUGGCAAAACUGCUGAUGUUGAUUUGGAUGUUGAAGAAGAGGGAAGAACUAGUCUGCGAGCAAUAAUAGAGCAGUAUGAUAUGAAGGUUGUAUAUAACAUGGAUGAAACUGCUUUAUUUUACCAAUUACAAUUUGACAAAACAAUUGCUCAUGCACCUGUGAAAGGCUGCAAGAAGAACAAACAUAGAAAUACAAUUGCAUUUUCUUGUAAUUCAGACAGUAGUAAUAAGAGAACUAUGACUGUUAUUGAAAGAUUUUUGUAA